AAUAUAGGAGAGACGGACAGAGAGUUGCCGCUCUGCCUUAAGAUGAGUAAAGAUAAGUCUGGUGUGGAUGAUUUUCAGACAUGCCUCGAACCGUCAGAGGAGAAACACUCGCGUUUGACUUGUUUACCGUGUAGCAAACAUGAUUUCAAAGGCUUUUUGAGGAGAAAUGCUUUUUUUCUUCUCACAGUGGCUGGAAUUGUCCUGGGUCUCACCCUGGGUUUUGCUCUGCACUCCGUUCACAUGACAGCCACUCAGAUACAAUACUUCAACUUUCCUGGAGAGCUGCUACUGAGGAUGUUAACCAUGAUGAUACUUCCUCUCAUCACCUCCAGUCUGGUCGCAGGCAUAGCAUCUGUGGACAAGGAGACGUACGGAAAAAUGGGUCUAUAUUCUAUGUGCUAUUAUGUGACAUCCAUGCUUCUGGCUCUGUCAACUGCCAUCCUCCUGGUUCUUUGUAUCAGGCCAGGGAAAUCCGCUGCGAGCACCUCAGAGGCCUCUGGUGGUGAAUCGAGGGGGACGCAGACUUUGGAUGUCUUUCUUGAUCUCAUCAGAAAUAUAUUUCCUCCAAAUCUGGUGGAAUCUUGUUUCAAAAUGUAUAAAACGGUUUAUUCUGAAAAUCAAACCUCAGGUGUCAUCAAUGCAACUGAAAAAGAUGACACAAUAUCAAUGCCAACACCAAAGGAAGGCAGCGCAGAUGGGAUGAAUAUUAUGGGUGUAGUGUUCUUCUCCAUAGCAUUUGGCAUCACCCUGAGUCUAAUGGGUGAUGAGGGGAAACCUCUAAAGGACUUUUUCAACUGCCUCAAUAAAGCCAUCAUAAAUCUUGUCAACGCAAUCAUCUGGUACUCCCCAGUAGGGAUCAUCUUCUUGAUCGGGGGACAGAUUUUAAAGUUGAGAGACUUUGUUGAUAUGGGACGCCAACUUGGCCUGUUCAUUGUCACUGUCAUCACAGGCCUGACAAUCCAAUCGUUGGUCCUCAUGCCUCUCAUCUAUUUCAUCGUCACACGUAAGAAUCCCUUCAGGUUCAUAGCAGGUCUCCUCGACGCUAUUACCACUGCCUUCGGGACAUCAUCCAGUUCUGCUACUUUCCCCAUUACUUUGCACUGUCUGGAGAAUAAUCUUAAAUUGGACAAAAGGGUAACACGCUUCAUGGUGCCAUUAGGUGCGGUUUUGACCAUGGAUGGAACUGCACUCUAUGAGACCAUCGCUGCCAUUUUCAUAGCACAGGUUCAUAAUAUUGAACUCAGCUCUGGCCAAAUCGUCAUCAUUGCAAUAACUGCUGCAGUUGCAGCUAUGGGGGUGACAGGUAUUCCACAGGGAGCCCUCAUAGCCAUGGCGAUGGUGCUGUCAUCAGCAGGACUGCCACUGGAUGGCAUUUCAUUAAUCAUCACAGUAGACUGGAUCCUGGAUCGUCUGAGGACAAUCACCAACGUGAUGAGUGACAGUAUCGGUGUGGGCGUCGUGCAACAUCUCUCCAGACAUGAGCUGCAGAGUUCUUCCACGGAAGAACUGAUGCUCGAUGACAACACGGACGACUUUUGACUGGGUCACUAUACAAACAUGUGACCACACUCUGUCGAGUACAAUGCAUGGUUGCAACAGUAGAAACAUUAAAACUAUAUACACAUUCUACACCAA